UAUUAAUUCGUAGAGAUCUUAGGCAAGAAAUUAAUUAAUGUGAGAGAAUUUUUUUUUUUAUUUGUGGUGAUCUAAAUUCUAUUUAUUUAUAUGUGAUUUAAAAAUUUGAUUAAUAAUACAAUUGUAUAUACACGAUGUUCUACUUAAAGUAGAGAAUUCAUAUAUAGGUUAUCUAUCUAUAAUCUGUGGAUACAUAAUAUUUUAAUGUUAUUAUGAAUUACUCAAAAGUUAAAAUGAAAUUGAAAGAAGGAUUUCGACAAUUAAUAAAGAUGAGGAGAUUUUGUACGCAGUUUAAAAACUUAACAGAAAAGAACAUUGAAGACACAAAAUUACAUAUGCCAGAACCAGAAUAUAAUAUAAAAUUUUUAUGCAAUCCUUUAAAUCGUGAAUACAUUAUAAAUAAUGUGAAAAAGCGGAAGGGAAUUGGUAACAUAGAUAAAGUUCUUGAAUUAUCUAAGCAAACAGGACAACGUGAAAUGUUUUUAAAUGAAUUAAGUAAAAUACCAAAUGAUACAGAUUCAGUUGUAUUUAAAUAUGGAAAUACACCACACAAAUUAAAACUAUGUGGAUCUAAGCCUGUAUUUAAUUUUGAGCCAAAAGAAUUUUCUUAUUUAGCUAAAAAGUUAAAACUUAUGAGGACACAAGGAUUGGGAUCUUUAAUGGGAAGUCGAUGUUAUAUAUUUCAAGUCAUAAAAAGAUGUGGCUUGCUAACAGAUGGUCCAAGAACACUUAUAUAUAAUUUGAGUAAAAAUUAUGGAGAUGAUUACAGUUUGUCAGGAACAGCUGAGAUGUCAUUAGCUGCAAAGUUGAUAAAUUCUAAAUUUUCUUAUAAAGAUUUACCAUUAAAAAUGGCAGCUAUUAGUAGAUGUUAUAGAGCAGAAAUAUCAAGCCUUAUACAUGAAAAAGGAAUAUAUAGGGUUCAUCAAUUUACCAAAGUUGAAAUGUUUGUUUGCUCUGAACAAAACAAAUCUUUAGAAAUAUUUCAAUAUUUACAAAAUAUACAGGAAGAUUUAUUCUCUUCUUUAGGAUUACAUUUUCAAAUACUUGAUAUGCCAGCUCAUGAAUUGGGUGCUUCUGCUUAUAGGAAAGUAGAUAUGGAAGGUUGGAUGCCUGGAAGAAAACUAUUUGGUGAAUUGUCAAGCUGUAGUAAUUGUACAGAUUAUCAGUCUCGCAGAUUAAAUAUAAAAUAUCAAUCACAUAAUGGCGAAUUUAUUCAUGUUCAUACGUUAAAUGGUACAGCGUGUGCAAUACCUCGUAUGAUAAUUGCAUUAUGUGAAACUCAUCAAACCGAACAUGGGCGUAUUAAAAUUCCGGAACCAUUGAUACCAUUUAUGAACGGUAAAACAUUAAUACGAAAACAAUCAAUUGCAUCGACAAGCAUAUAUAAAUAAGAGUUCAGAAAAGUGGUAUAAUUGAUAUUGUUACAUUGUUACAGUUUAAGUUAUAAGAGAAGAACUUAUGAUAUAUAUAUAAAUCCUUAAAAAUAUAAAAUUAAUAAAAUACAUGAAAAAUUAAUAUUUUGUAUAUUAUUUGUUUAAUAAACCCAUAUUUUGAAUAA